GUAGUACAGUUGCCUCUGGUACUCUCAACCGUUCACACUGGUUGACGGAGAAUCAAUCUUUGCGCUCUUGAGUGAAUUUCAUUUAAUAGUUCACAUUUGAUGUGCAAAGAACCUAAUAAAUCGUGACAACAAUAGAAGUGAUCAUCAGUCAAGUUGGCUUUUAACAAGUGUGGUGUGGUUCAAUUAGAUCACGCAAGGAAUUUAUUAAAUUACGUCGAUCAAAGUGUCAUACAUCACAUAAGCAUUCACCAUGUUUGAUGUAUUCGGCUCCGUUAAGGGGCUUCUUAAACUUGAUCAAGUAUGCAUCGACAAUAAUAUAUUUCGACUGCACUACAAAGCCACUGUGGUAAUCUUGAUAGCGUUUUCGCUGUUAGUCACUUCGAGACAAUAUAUUGGAGAUCCUAUCGACUGCAUUGUGGAUGAAAUUCCAUUAAAUGUGAUGGAUACAUACUGCUGGAUUUAUUCAACUUUCACCAUCCCCAAUCGCUUGACUGGAAUAGCAGGCAAAGACAUAGCUCAGCCGGGAGUAUCGAGUCACGUCGACGGCCAUGAUGAAGUGAAGUACCAUAAAUACUAUCAAUGGGUCUGCUUCGUUUUAUUCUUCCAAGCAAUGUUAUUCUACGUACCUCGCUAUCUUUGGAAGACAUGGGAAGCAGGCAGGAUCAAGAUGUUGGUUCUUGAUCUCAACAUGCCAGUCGUGAAUGAUGAAUGCAAGGAUGAGCGUAAGAAAAUUCUUGUAGAUUACUUUGUAGAAAACAUCAAUCGACAUAACUUUUAUGCAAUUCGAUUUUUUAUUUGCGAAAUUUUAAAUUUUGUGAAUGUAGUUGGACAAAUUUAUUUCAUGGAUUUCUUUCUCGAUGGGGAAUUUUCAACAUACGGCAGUGAUGUUGUGCGUUUCACAGAAAUGGAACCAGAAGAGAGGGGAGAUCCUAUGGCUCGUGUUUUUCCAAAAGUAACCAAAUGUACGUUCCACAAAUAUGGUCCAUCAGGAAGCGUACAGAAGUUCGAUGGGCUUUGUGUUUUACCAUUGAAUAUUGUCAACGAAAAAAUUUACGUGUUUUUGUGGUUUUGGUUCAUUAUUUUGACCAUUUUGACAGGAGCAUCAUUAGUAUACCGUUUUGCUGUAAUAUUUUUGCCAAAAGUAAGAUUGUACUUACUACGAGCAAGAUCACGUCUUUCAGAACACGAGGAAGUUGAAUUGAUCUCAUCAAAAUGCCAGUUGGGGGAUUGGUUUAUUCUUUAUCAACUGGGAAAAAAUAUUGACCCACUGAUUUAUAAAGAAAUUAUAUAUGAUCUCUUCCUUAAAUUCGAGGGCAAAGAGAUUGUGUGAAGUGCCCAUUAGUAUUCUGUAAAAUGGCAUGCGAAGCGUAUAACAAGAAAUUUAUCAUCGAUCGUGGUUUCAACCUGCCCAGUUAAAGAUGAUGAGAAUAAAACAGGAACGAGACAAUCAAAGCUGUUGAAGGUAUAGUCU